GUGGUUAGAGGACAGGGUCAGGGCUGCUCAUUCGGUCCUGAGGGUAUGUCUCUGCCAGACGGAUAAGCAGGAACGAUACUGCCGCCCGCGUCCCCGUCUCUGCCGGGGCCCUGGCUCUCCGUGUGCCUCUCUGUGUCCGUGAGUUUGGUGCUGAAUCUGCCAUCGAGGUGCGAUCGGGGUGUGGUUGGUGGAGGAAAGGAAGGGGGAAAGAGGAGUGAAAGAAGAAGUUUGCGGAUUGGAGGACUGGAGAAGUGGAGGCUCUGCACUGUAGGCUUCUGGCAUUCGUUGGCCGGCAGGGGUGCUCUCUUCAACCUUCGCCUUCGGUACGCGCUGAAGAGGAUACGCGCCUGUGUGCUUGCACGUUUCAGGGGGUAGGCUCAUGGUUGCCCCCAUGUCACCAGGCUGGGACACUGACUACCAAUGGAGAGAAAUCCACGGGGCAAAGCUGGCCUCUCUCUUCGGGCUGGACCAGGCCACCAGUCAGGGAAACGAGUCCUUCCAGUACACCGCCCCGAAGCAGCCGAGAAAGAGCUCCGGCAAUGCCGGGCCGCCAACCCAAAAGACAACCCCGCCACCAGGAGCUCCUGCUGUCCUGUUGGCUACCGCAGUCCAUGCGUACCGAUACGUUAAUGGACAAUACAUGAAGCAAGGAAAGCUGGGAGCUGCAGUCCUGGGAAAUCACACCUCUCGAGAGUACAAGAUCCUCAUUUAUGCCAGCCAACAGAAGCAAGUCACUUCGGCCAGAAUCCACCCCGGGUUCGUUUUCACGGUUCAGCCCAGCAACUACUGCACGUUCUACGACGACCAGCGACAGAACUGGUCUCUGAUGUUCGAGUCAGAGAAGUCUGCGGUGGAUUUCUGUAAAGAGGUGUGCGUGGCCAAGGCGAACAGUGCCCCCUCUCUGGACGCGGUGGUGGUGCAGGACCUGUUGCUGGGAGAGGGGCAGGGGGUGGAAAGCGGGGACUCCCUGGAGGUGGCGUACUCGGGCUGGCUGCUGCAGAACCAUGCCAUCGGACAGAUGUUUGACUCCAACCUGAACAAAGACAAGCUGCUGAGAAUGAAACUGGGAGCCGGCAAAGUGAUCAAAGGAUGGGAGGAGGGGAUGCAGGGAAUGAAGAAGGGGGGGCGGCGGCUGAUGAUAGUGCCCCCCAGCCAGGGCUACGGCUCCCAGGGCGUCCCGAACCGCGUGCCGGCAGACAGCACCCUCAUAUUCGAGACCGAGAUCCGUCGGGUGAAGUUGUCUAAGGACAGCGGGUCGGAUCGUGCCAGCGCCGGAUCGCGGGACUCCGCCGCCCCCUCGCCCGCCCCCAGCCUCGACAGCUCGCUCCCGGACGUCCCCGCGCAGCCCCCCGCCUCCGUCCCGCCCAAGCCUGGAGAGCCGCCGCUGCGAGCAAAGUCCAACUCCCUGAGCGAGCAGCUGGCGAACCCGGACGCGACCAAAGCCAGGCUGAUCUCCCGCAUGGCCAAGAUGGGCCAGCCCAUGCUGCCCUUCCUCGCCGGGCCCGCGUCCUCCCAGCCAGACUCCAGCGACUCGGAGAUGGAGUACCCCACUGUGUCCCGGAUGAGAGAGAACUCCUCUGCCCCCUCCCCCCAGCCUGUGCAGAUUUCAGCUGCUCCACCCGCCUCUGCACAAGUGCCAUCUCGUCCUCUCGCAGGAGUGACCGCCCCCUCCGCGGCCCUGAUCCCAGUCACCCUGACCACCUCCAACCCUUCACCGCACAUGCCUGGCAACACCCACGCCUUCCAGCCUUAUUCCUUCACACAGACAGCUAUGGUUCCCUCUCAGCUCCAGCCAAUGGGACAGGUGUACCCCUCACAGACCGUACCAUACCAGGGUGACAUCACUUCCUUCUUGAUGACGGAAGCCCGGCAGCACAACACAGAAGUCCGAAUGGCUGUGGGGAAAGUGACAGACAAAGUUGACCAAUUGGCAUCAAAGGUGGAUGACCUUCAGAAGCAGGGAGGCUUAUCCUUGGGCUUGUCAAAUGUUUCAAUGGAAACUGCUAUGAUCAUGCACAACAUCCAAAGAAUUAUCCAGGAAAACGAAUGCCUCAAGAAGGAAGUGUUUGAUAAGAGCUCACGGAUCGAGGAGCAGAAUCGCAAAAUCGGGGAGCUGAUUAAUCAGAACCAAAGGUACAUGGAGCAGAGUAACCUGAUGAUGGAGCAGAGGAACGAUUCUCUGAAGUCCAGCAGUGAGCAUAACCAGGCCCGUGUGCUGCAGGCAGAGCAGGACAAGCAUGCACUGCCAGGGGACCAGAGCAGGGACCAGGUGUGGCUGACGGAGGAGCUGGCCUCGUCCACGGCCCGCGUGUCCCAGCUGCAGCUGGAGGCCUCCUCGCUCCAGCAGAAGGCGGCCGAGCUGCAGGCCAAGCUGAGCGCCGCCCUGCAGGACGGCGAGAAGCACUGCACCCGGGCGGCCGCGCUGGACACGCAGCUGGAAGAGCUGAAGGAGACGGCGGAGCGGACGCAGGCUCAGUACCGCACAGAGAAACAGAAGCGCAAGGAGGUGGAGCUGAAGCUCUGCAACAUGGAGGAGGAACUGCUGGACCUCAAAACCGAGAAGGACAACCUGGACCGCACGAUGGUGGACAGGAAGAGGAAGUGGCAGGCGGAGAGGCAGAGGUGUGACGAGGAGCUGGAGGAGGUGCGCAGGAGCAGCCAGCAGGAGCUGGACAGCCUGCGGUCCCAGCUGCGGCGAGCCAGAACCAGCACAGACCAGGCCACUGCUGAGCAGCUGGCCCAGCUGCAGGCGGAGCUGGAGGCGGAGUGGAAGGGGAAGUGUGAGCAGGCCCUGGCCUCGGCGAAGGAGCAGCAGGCCCGCGAGCUGGCCGACCUGGCCGAGCAGAGAGACGCUGCGGAGCACAGGCUGGCACAGCUGCAGGAGAAGUUCACUGCUCUGAAACAGUCCCGUGACUCGGAGGAGCAGCGGCUGCUGCAGCAGCAGGAGCAGGGGGAGGAGCUACAGGCCAUGAGGGAGAAGUACGCAGCCCUGCAGGAAAGGGCGGAGUCUGUGAAGAGGCACCUGCAGGCCCGCGUGGCGGAGAUGGAGGGGAGGCUGGCCGAGCAGGACCAAGCGGACACGGCGGGGGAGGUGAAGCGUGUGAUGAACGGGGUGUUCCACUCCCUGCGAGGGGAGUUCGACCUGCAGGAGACCUACACCGGCCAGGCUGUGCUGGGGAUCAUCGUCAGUACCAUCAAGAACGUAACCCUGCAGAUACUGACCGAGAAAGAGCAGAAACUGUCACAGAGGAGUGAAAGCAAUGGGCCAGAGGAGGAAGAGGAAGAGGAGGAGGAGGAAGAUGCCAACGCAAGCUCGAGAGAUGAGAAACCCCUGAAGGAAGCUCAACAGAAUGGAAGGAAAGAGGAGCAGGGGGAGGAGGAGGAGGGGGAAGAAGAGGAAGAAAAGCGGGAAGAGGAGACUCUCUCAGCGCAGGGGAAAGAAGGCGACGGCAUGCAGGUUGAGGACCGCCCCCCUGAGCGGCCAGAGGGGGAGGGGCUUGAACAGGACACGCCCCCAGCAGCGGAAAAAGAGCAGCCGGCGCGGGAGGAGCCGUCGGCGGACGGCGACGGGGAUGCGGGACAGGAAACAAGCGCCGUAGAGCCAUCGCCGGGGCAACCGCAGGUGGGGAGUCCCGCGAGAGCGACGGAGGAAAACGCCGCGCCACCCGCGGACACGCCCGCCCCGGAGACGAAAGCGACAGCAGACGCAGAGGGCGGGGCUAUGCAGCAGGAGGAGGAGAAGGAGGUGGAGAAGGAGGAGGAGAAGGAGAAGGAGUGCGUGAACGACAAAGGUCCCCUAGGGGACGUGGACAUAAUGGAGGCGACUCCUGUGGGUCCUCCUACCCAGCCCCCACCUCCACCCAACACCCUGCAGGAGAACAUGGAGGUGGAGACCACAGCCAGUUUGACUGAGGGAGUAGAAGAGGAAAAUGGAGAGGCGCCAUUUUUCCCGAAUGCAGCCCCAACCAAGCCCCCCCCACCGCCCACCGAGGAGGAGGACGAUGAGCUGAGCCUGAAGGGCCGGCCGCCUCCGGCACCGCUCUUUGGUGAUGACGACGAAGAGGAUGACCUCGACUGGUUGGGAUGAAGAGCAAAAAUAAUAAUAAAUGGCGGCAGUGUGCGAGUGUGUUUGAGUACCUCAGAGAAUGUGUGUGUGUAUGCACACCACUCCCUGGAGGACCAGAAGAACCGUUUUUCUGGGAGAACGCAUUCACGUCUGUCCUGAAAAAAGAUACAAUGUGGAGAAACACAAUGAUGGGAACUCCCUCUUUGAAUCCACAGCGCCCCCUCUGCAUCGGAGGAAUGAGCUCAGUUCGGUGACUAUGACAAAGGAGUCCCUGUGUCGGUCCUGUUUCUGAACUGAAUCCUCAACAGGUUUGGACUUCCGUGGGUAGUCUGACGGCCUCUUGAACACUAGGGGAUUUGAAAUGUGGGGUUUCAACCUUGAGGGGGACCUGUGGAGUUGAACUGGCCAUUUCUGCUGCCUGAAAAUUUUAAUGGAAGAAUAAAAAAGAAUACUAAGCGCUGAACCCAAACGGUUUUGAAGAAAGCACAUCUCUCACUUACUUUACUGUGGAUCGUAUGGUUUAGUAUAAUUUUAAACCAGAAGAGAAUCAAACCAGGCAAACUCAUAAAAAGCCCAUUGUUUCUUUGAUCAAAAGUAGCAAAGCAACCUUUACAGGAUAUGUAAGCUGUUUUUAUUGUCAGUUUUUUCUUUUCUCAGAAAUCAUUUCUGGAAACUGGAAAAUUCCAAUUGAGAGGAAAUGCACCCCUUACAGCAUAUGCAAUUGUUUUUUUUUCCUUAAAUAAUUUCUGGAAUGUUCAGAUCAAGAAACACUGCUUCUAGACAGUUUAUAACCCAACCUAAUAACAGAACAGUGCACUGUAACAGGAACUCCAAAGAGGUGUUUUGUUCUUCUCUAACAUAGACUUCGUUGUUCUCCUGGAUUAAUAAAAUGCUGCGUUUUCAUAAA